CCGAGCGCCGCUGGCUCCUGCCUCUGCUGGUGAAGGUAAUAGUCUUGUUCAGUCUUCAGAGGCAAUAAUAGGCCUUUGACCAAAGACCCUGAAGGGAGCUACGUGCCAAACUGCUGGACUAUGUAGGUCAGCAGAAACGGCGCUAGCAAGCCUGAGAACCAACAGAUAAGGAAGGGAAUAAGUCACGAAGCUUCCUGAGCCUUGGGAAUCUGGCCGCUUCCCAGGGAUCAGCGAAUAUUCUGAGACUUAGGACUAGAGAGCAAAGCAUUUCUGAUAAUAGCCAGAGCUGUAUAUUUGCGCGUAAGCUGGUGACUAUCGGCUUGCGGCUUGGCAUUAAAAGCAGGACUCCUUUGAGCAGUACUCUGAAGUCUCAACCGUGGGGUGGACGCACCGCCCGAAACCUUCCAAUCGGGACUCCAGAUCGCCGUUCCAGGGACUUACCAGCGCUGCUUGGAUCUGGAUCAUCCCGCAGCGGCCCUGAGGCAUCCCUGGGGCGCACGACCAUGGGCAGGGAUCCUCCGUGUUGAGACCCUUUGGAGGCUCGGGACUACUACGGCUGGACCGGGGCCGCUCCCAGACCACGAUCGGGAAUUUCUCCAGAUGCCCUGUAGCUGGAAAUGCAAGUUGUAACCUCGGCUCUGCGGGCCCUGGCGACCCGCCACGGCUCCCGAGCCCGGCUUUGCCCGAAGUGGUCCGGGCCUCUCUUGAAACCCGGAGGCCUCACAGGCACCGGAUUCUGUCUGCAUAGCCGUAAAACUCCUGGACGCGAACCGGAAAAGUUUGGAAAACACACCGACCGCAGACGGAUGGGAGGAUCGGGCGGGGCCAGCGCUCCUCCCCCGCCUCCUUCCAGCCACUAGACGGGUUGAGCCCUCCGCCCACGCCGCCCGGAGGAGGGGGUCCAGGAGCAACUGGGACACCAGGCUCACAGGGGAACAAGACAGACAAGUCGUUCCCUUAAAUCUCUGCAGUCUCGUAUAAAGAGGGUGGGAGGGGGCAGAGGGACACACCGAUCUCUCCACUUCCCUCUCACCUCGCUGCUAGGUCUUCAGGGCCCUUGUGGAGGUGGUCUCGUCCGGCAGAGCGAGCGGCAUUCGCGGGCUCCGGAAAGCUCCCGAGACCUUGCGGAGCGGCAAACAAGGCUCCCCAACCCAGGCCGCAGCCCCGGUCUGUCUCCACCCCACCCGCCCUCAUCCUCGGACCCGCCCGGCGGCCCGGAGCCCGCAGCGGGCCCUCCUACUCUCCGGCGACUCGCGGACGAGCAGUUGCCUUCUUCUGCAAAGGACGAUGGACUGAGCCUGUUCUUCUCCAGGGGCCGGCAAACCGAGAUCCUGGCCAGGCCUUUCGGGUCGAGCGUUUGCACUUGCAGCAGGAUCUCGGUCAGCUGCUCGAAGUGCACGAUUUGGUGCCUGGGUUGUGCGCGCCGCGGGAAGGGGGCGCCGGAGGGGCAGGCCGGGCUGCUCCGGGCGCAGGGGCGAGACUGUACCGCGGCCGUGCGCGCGCGCGGGAGGAGGAGGAGCUCGCCCGAGCCGGCGGGUGGAGCGCGCCCCCGCCAAGCACUCACCUAGGAUCUUUUCCACCUGCUCUACGGGUUUGCAGGUGCUCCCCUUGGAACCAGUAGAGAAGGAUGCGCAGGUCGAUGAGUGCCCGUCGCGUGAAUACAGGGCGUGGUGGGUCAAAAAUAAAAGAGAUCCAGAGCUCAACAUACACCAAAAUACAGAUAAUAAAAGGGUACCCUGAAGCAGAAGUAAGAAUUUUUGGCACCAAGGCAAUGCAGAGCAAAGCGAAAACAGUGAUAGAUAAUCUUGUUCAAAGACAAGAAGACUACAAAACAGAACCCAAAGUUGAUGUUGCUGUUGUCCAACCUUCGGAUGGAAAAGAUGCAAGGAAAGAUGUUUCAGGAAAUCAGAAAUUGGUUGAUUGGGAUAAGUUCCGAGAAGAUAUUUUGAAAUGCAACAAAAAAAAGUGGGCAGGUUUACCUCCAAUUAAGAAAAACUUUUACGUGGAGUCAGAAACAACAAGUUCAAUGUCACAAGACCAAGCAGACAAUUGGAGGAGGGAAAAUUAUAAUAUAAUGUGUGAUGACUUGAAAGGUGGUGAGAAACGUCCUCUUCCCAACCCUGUUGGUAAUUUUGAGGAUGCAUUUCACUGUUAUCCUGAAGUUAUGAGAAACCUUCAAAAGGCAGGUUUUCAAAGGCCAACACCAAUUCAGUCACAGGCAUGGCCAAUCAUUCUACAAGGAGUAGAUCUUAUAGGAGUAGCUCAGACUGGAACGGGGAAGACAUUGUCCUACUUAAUGCCCGGAUUUAUUCAUAUUGACUCACAACCUCUAGCCAGGAAUGGGCCGGGCAUGUUAGUCCUCACCCCGACUCGAGAGCUAGCUCUGCAAGUGGAAGCUGAGUGCCGUAAAUAUUCAUAUAAAGGUCUUAAAAGCGUUUGUAUAUAUGGUGGUGGCGAUAGAGAUGGACAAAUAAAAGACUUAGCGAAAGGUGUCGAUAUCAUUAUUGCCACUCCCGGAAGACUCCACGAUCUACAAAUGAAUAACUUUGUGUACCUGAAGAGCAUAACCUACCUGGUAUUAGAUGAAGCUGACAAGAUGCUGGAUAUGGGAUUUGAACCCCAGAUAAUGAAGAUUUUAUUAGAUGUACGCCCAGACAGGCAGACAGUCAUGACAAGUGCAACGUGGCCAUGUGCUGUCCGUAGACUUGCACAAUCUUAUUUGAAAGAGCCCAUGAUUGUGUAUGUUGGUACUUUGGAUCUAGCUGCUGUAAGUACCGUGAAGCAAAAUAUAAUUGUCACCACAGAAGACGAGAAACGAUCGCUUAUCCAAACUUUCAUCGAGAGCAUGUCUCCCAAAGACAAAGUCAUAAUAUUUGUUAGCCGGAAAGCUGUGGCUGAUCAUUUAUCAAGUGACCUGUGUAUCCAGCAUAUAUCAGUAGAGUCUCUGCAUGGCAACAGAGAACAGAGUGAUCGAGAGAGAGCAUUAAAAAACUUUAAAACAGGGAAAGUGCGAAUACUGAUUGCUACCGAUUUAGCAUCUCGUGGUCUCGAUGUCCAUGAUGUCACACACGUCUAUAAUUACGAUUUUCCCCGGAACAUCGAAGAAUAUGUGCACAGAGUAGGGCGCACCGGGAGAGCAGGGAGGACCGGGGUAUCUGUUACCCUUAUCACUAGAAAUGAUUGGAAGAUUGCUGGUGAAUUAAUUAAUAUUCUGGAAAGAGCAAAUCAGAGUGUCCCAGAGGAUCUUGUGGUGAUGGCUGAGAGAUAUAAAGCAAAUAAACUGAAAAAAGAAAUGGAAAAUAAAUGGGAAAGACCCCAAGGAAAACCCAAGAAGUUUUAUUGUUAACGUCUAUGUUGAAAAGUGGUACCAGCCUACUUAAAAGAGAAUUCAAGAUUUUUUUGGAGAUAUAUUUAAGAUACUGUGGAAGUAUUGGAAGCAUGCUGGCAGUAUGAAGAGAUGACUGAUUCUUAAAAUAAUAGUGUUUAAAAUGUAGAAUUCAGUAUUUUGUACUUUAAUAAGAUCAAAAGUAUUUAAACUUGAGUUGAAAAUUUUUUUAUCGAUAUUA